AAAGGGUCCAUCGCUACCUGAUAUGGUAGCUAGCAAUCCAGGCACCGAGAUGUUGUCAGUUGCAGUAGUGGCUGGUCUUUGUUGAGCCUAUCAUAGCGUCACCGGUUGAUCCCCUGUUCUGGCGGUUAUAAAGACCUUUUGGCUUCCGGUUCAACAGUUUUGUUUCCUCUUCCCUAGAUAUUCUGUCAUCAAACCUCAAACCUCAAUCUUCAAUCUUCAAUCUUAUCCCAAAGUCACCAUUCACCUCAAACACAUCAAAAUGAAGCUCACCGGUUUCGCUCUCGCUGGUUUCCUCGGCGCUGCUGUCGCCCUCCCUCAGCCUCAGGUGUUCGGAGGCGCCCCCGCUCCCGUUGAGUUGUCGAGCUCUGCUACUCCCACCUCUUCGGCUGUUCCCACCAGCUCUGCCGUCGUCUUCAAGCGCCAGUUCGGCAGCUCCUCUUCGGCCACCCCCAGCAGCAGCUCAGCUAUCUACAAGCGUCAAAUCGUCGCCACUCCCUCCUCUUCCACCCCCGCCGCCACCAGCUCUGCCGUCUACAAGCGCCAGGACCCUGCCUUCCCUCCCCCUCCUCCCUACAACUUCCACCCCACUCCUUCUUCUAGCGCUACUCCCUCGUCGAGCGCUACUCCUUCCAGCUCUCCUUUCUUCGAGAAGCGCCAGUACGGCUCUAUCUACGUUCCUUCGUCGAGCGCUACUCCCUCGUCGAGCGCUACCCCUAGCGCCUCUGCUCUCUUUGAGAAGCGCCAGUUCGGCUUUGCUACUCCCUCCAGCUCGCCGGUCAGCAGCACCCCUGCCAGCUCGACCUCUGCCGUCAUCUCCACCCCUCUUUUCUAAAUGAAUCGAGCCGCCGUGAGGCAAGGCAUGAGUCAACACUGCACCUGCAUCUGCAUCUGUUGACUUAGACUUCCAGUUCAUCCAACUGGAAAGAAUCGAGUCGGAAGUGGAUUACCGUGAACAUUGAACAAAUACUACUGUCAUAAACUAAUGGGUCUGGUCACCUGUUUGGAGUUAUUCUUUUGCGUUUUUGUAUAUUGGGUGUUUUUGUUUUGUUUUGAGCUUCGUAUAUAGAUUGCAAUGCACUGCGGCUUGUGAAUUGACUUUGCGAUUUGAUGUCGUUACGAUUGUGUUAUGAUAGAUUGAUGUCAUGAAAUGAUAUUCUUGAAAAGUCCAUCCCUUUUCUGCCUUCUGCGAUUGCGAGUAGAAUGCCUAGUAAAUUAUAUAACGAUGUGCAAUUGGC